GGAUCAUGAGAGCACUAUGUAGUGUGGAAAUUUUUUAGUGGUGGACUUGAAAAGUGGGUCGUUCAGAAAUGGUAGCCCCUCACCGAUUUCACCCAAGGCACACGUUUCACGAAAUCAACUUCUAUAAGAGCUAGGUAGAUGACGAGGAAUCCACACAGCAAUACCAAUUCACAAAUUAACAUGGCAUUCCUAUCCACUACAAUCACCAUUCUUUGUAUAUUCUGCAUCACUAGACUGCCUAGAUUUGCAUCUGAGAUACCACAUAGAAACAGUUUGCAAACUUACAUUGUUCAUGUUGAGGCACCUGAUGCACACCUCACGUCUCAAUCCGAAGAUUUGGAGAGCUGGUACCGCUCUUUUCUCCCGGCUACGACAGCAAGCUCGAGUGAGGGCGAGCCUCGUCUCGUCUACUCGUAUCGCCACGUGUUCAAGGGAUUUGCUGCUAGGCUAUCACCGGAGCAGGUGAAAGACAUGGAGAAGAAGCAAGGAUUCGUCUCAGCACGACCUCAGAAAUCGAUGUCCCUGCACACAACACAUUCGCCCAACUUCUUGGGGUUGAACCAGAACAUGGGCUUCUGGAAAACCUCCAACUAUGGUAAAGGUGUGAUUAUUGGAAUGUUGGACACCGGAGUGCUGCCUGAGCAUCCUUCGUUCAGCGACAAAGGAAUGCCGCCGCCACCACCUAAAUGGAAGGGGAAGUGCCAAUUCAACCACACAAAAUGCAACAACAAAAUCAUUGGGGCAAGAUACUUCUACGCCGAGGACCAGAGCCCACUCGAUGAUGACGGCCAUGGCACUCACACCGCGAGCACGGCUGCUGGGAACUUUGUACAAGGCGCGAAUCUGUUUGGCAACGCCAACGGCACUGCAGCUGGCGUUGCGCCAUAUGCUCAUCUGGCCAUCUACAAAGUAUGCUGUGGUGAAGUUGAUAUCCUGGCUGGAAUGGAUGCAGCUAUUGAAGAUGGAGUGGAUGUGCUAUCAAUUUCUCUAGGCUUGCACACAGAAACCUUGUAUGAAGAUUCUAUUGCUGUUGGCGCAUUUAGUGCGAUGCAGAAGGGCAUCUUCAUUAGCUGCUCAGCUGGAAACGACGGCCCAUACCUCUCCGCUGUGGGAAACGGCGCACCUUGGAUUCUCACGGUUGGAGCAAGCACUAUAGACAGAACCCUGAGAGCGAAAGCAGUGUUGGGAAACAACCAACAAUUUGAUGGCCAAUCAGCUUUCCAUCCAAACAACUUCCCACGAAAGCUCUUCCCUCUUGUUUAUGCAGGGUUUCUCAACACUUCUGAUGAUUUUGCACCUUACUGCUUCAGUGACUCACUGAGCCAAAGCGACAUCAGAGGUAAGAUAGUGGUGUGUGAACUAGGUGGAACACCAAGAAUCGAAAAGGGCAGAGCAGUGAAGAGUGGCGGCGGCGCCGGCAUGAUUCUCGUAAACUAUGAGGAAAAUGCAAACACCACUUCAGCCGACGUCCACGUCCUUCCGACUACACACGUGGGCUAUGCAGACGGAUUGAAGAUCAAAGCUUACAUAAAUUCAACAAGAAAGCCCACCGCCACAAUUUCUUUCCAAGGCACCGUGAUCGGCGAUGAUCGCGCACCUGUAGUGGCAGCAUUUUCUUCCAGGGGACCCAACUAUCCAAGCCCUGGAAUCUUGAAGCCCGACAUUUUAGGCCCUGGAGUCAAUAUUUUUGCAGCAUGGCCUACCUCUGUGGAAAACAAGACCAACACAAAAUCAACCUUCAACAUAAUCUCUGGCACCUCGAUGUCGUGCCCGCACCUGAGCGGCGUGGCGGCGCUGCUGAAAAGCUCGCAUCCUGAUUGGUCUCCUGCAGCGAUCAAGUCGGCCGUGAUGACCACUGCAGAUGUGGUGAACAGCGCUCAUAAUCCGAUUGAGGACGAGACGUUCGUGGCGGCGGACGUGUUUGCGACGGGGGCAGGGCAUGUGAAUCCAUCAAGGGCUAAUGAUCCAGGACUCAUCUACGACAUCCAACCCAAAGACUACAUUCCGUACCUGUGCGGCUUGAACUACACGAACCGUCAAGUGGGGACGUUUCUACAGAGGAGGGUGAAUUGCUCAGUGGAAUCGAGCAUACCUCAAGCCCAGCUUAACUAUCCUUCAUUCUCUGUCAUUUUCGAUGGCCAACCAGCUUCCCAGGUCUACACCAGGACUGUGACCAAUGUGGGGGAGCCUGUCUCGUAUUACAAGGUCGAGAUUUCCCCACCACGUGGCGUUGAUGUCAUCGUCAAGCCCACGACGCUCAAAUUCUCAAAGCUAAACCAGAAAAUGAAGUACGAGGUUAGAUUCAAGCUACUGGCAUCUGCUCCGAAAACCACAUUCGUGCAAGGAUUCUUGAAAUGGACUUCUCAAACCCACUCUGUUCGGAGCCCUAUAGCUAUCAUCCUACUAUCUGAGAUGGACAGUUUCUGAAUGUAUCUCAAUGUAGGAUUCAAGUAAUCUAAUGUCCACCAGCUUCACAUUAAUGUGUUAUGCCAACAAUCUUAAUAAAAGUCAGAUAAGUGAAUUAUUAUAA